UCAUGUGACAAGAAGGCGGAAGUGGUCGCUCAAAUGGUAAACUAACCAAGCUGCGAGGAAAACAGAAGGUUUGAACUGAAUUUGCUACACAAAUAGAUUAAAAGUGCAUGGUUAGUCAUGUCGACCAGCCAUGCAAAGGACUCCAGCUUCAUGGGAGGAAGGAUACCACCAGAGAUCGAGUCAUUGUCGAAGAACCUGAAGGAUGUGGACCAGGAGAUGUUCAGGAAAAUACUGAAAGCCGUGGUCAGUUCUCUGGAGGGGAAGGACUGCAGAGCGUUGAUGACGUCUAUAGCAGAGAGUGUCACCGUACCACAGGAGAGGCUGUGUCACAUCGUAGCCGGGAUGCACAGAGUGCUGUCUGAGGCCAUCCGCAUCCCGCCAUCAUCACUAAAACAGGAGGCCUUCAAAGAAGAUCUCAGAGAACUGAGGAUCCCUGAAGACUUCAUCACAGAUUUCUCCAGCGUUGUUUUUGGCAAUCGGCGUGCAGCCUUAGAGGCAGCAACCUCCCAGAACGAUCCUCAACUCCCCACAGUACAGGAUUUUAAAUGGAGAGUUGAUGUUGCUAUUUCUACAAGCUCUUUAGCUAGGGCCCUGCAGCCGUCUGUUCUCAUCAAGAUGAAGCUUUCAGAUGGGAGCCUCCACUGCUUUGAGGUGCCUGCAUCGAAGUUCCAGGAGCUCCGCUACAACACGGCUCUGAUUCUCAAAGAGAUGAACGACCUGGAGAAGAGGAGCAUUCUUCAGAUCCAGGACUGAUGCACUCUAACUGGACUCUUUUAUUGUUUUUUCACAUGGAGUGUAAUUUUGUAAAAAUGUUCUCAUUUCAAUUAUAAAAUCUGAUGGUCAACCUUCA